CUGGGACUAGGCUGAGAAUCAUCAGCAGUCUCUCUCUCUGUCCAAAGAUUAAAACCCAUGGAAUCAUUGAAUUGUGCCUUAUCUCACACAGGAAAACAAAAGUGCUCAGCUAAUAUUGCCUGAGGAUCUAGGCAGUUCUUCAGGCUGUCAUCAUGGGUAUCCGAGGACUAAUGAGUUUCGUGGAAGAUCACAGUAAUGAGUUCUUCACUGAUUUGAAGUUGCGGGACACAAAAAUUAUCAUUGAUGGCUAUGCUCUUUUCCACCGACUUUGCUUCAAUUCAAAUUUGGAGCUUCGGUAUGGAGGGGACUAUGAUUCUUUUGCAGAGGUUGUAGAAAACUUCUUUGAAUCACUGUUUGCUUGUAAUAUAUGCCCGUAUGUUGUAUUAGAUGGAGGAUGUGACAUUUCAGAUAAAAAGCUUAUAACUUUAAAGGAUCGAGCUAGAGAGAAGAUUCAGAUGGCCCAUUCCCUAUCAAUUGGUGGGGGUGGGUGUGUGUGUCCCUUACUCAUCCGUGAAGUAUUCCUACAGGUUUUGAUCAAGCUGCAAGUAUGUUUUGUCCAGUGCUUUUCAGAAGCAGAUCGGGAUAUUAUGACACUUGCCAAUCAUUGGAAUUGCCCUGUGUUAUCAUCAGAUAGUGACUUUUGCAUUUUUGACCUGAAAACAGGGUUUUGUCCAUUGAAUGGCUUCCAGUGGAGAAAUGUGAACACUAUUAAGGGCACACAAAACUACUAUAUUCCUGCCAAAUGCUUUUCCCUUGAUGCACUCUGCCAUUACUUCAGCAAUAUGAACAAAGCUCUACUACCUCUCUUCGCAGUACUGUGUGGGAAUGACCAUAUUAAUCUGCCCAUCAUAGAGACAUUCUUAAGUAAAGUACGCCUUCCUCUUAGAGUUACUAGUUCUAAGGGAAGGAGACACCACCGAGUUCUGGGACUUCUGAACUGGUUGUCUCAUUUUGCUGACCCUACCGAAGCACUAGAUAAUGUUCUGAAAUACCUCCCAAAAAAGGAUCGAGAAAAUGUUAAGGAACUUCUCUGUUGUUCCAUGGAGGAAUACCAGCAGUCCCAGGUGAAGUUGCAGGACUUCUUCCAAAAUGGUACUUAUGUUUGUCCAGAUGCCUUGAAUCUCGGUUUACCAGAAUGGGUACUAGUGGCUUUAUCCAAAGGCCAGCUGUCUCCUUUCAUCAGUGAUGCUCUGGUGCUAAGACGGACCAUUCUUCAAACACAGGUAGAAAACAUGCAGCGACCAAAUGCCCACAAAAUAUCUCAGCCCAUCCGGCAAGUUAUCUAUGGGCUUCUUUUAAAUUCUUUGUCACAUGUUGAAAACAUGUCCUGGAGUGCCUUGCCUCAUCAGUCUCUGGCUUUCAGUGAAGUAGAAAGGAUUCAUCAAAACAUCAAAACAUCAAUUGUUCAUGCAGUAGAACUGCCCAAAGAUCAUUCUGAUUUGAGCAAAUUGACCAAGGUCUCCUUCAUUAGGCGGCAGAUGCUUCUGUUAGAAACCCUAAAGGUGAAACAGACCAUCCUGGAGCCAAUCCCUACUUCUCUGAAGUUGCCUAUUGCUGUCAGUUGCUACUGGUUGCAGCACGCAGAGGCCAAGGCAAAGCUACAUCAUCUACAAGCCCUUCUGCUGGGGAUGCUGAUGGGGCCUUUGCAUGCCAUAAUCAACAGCCCUGGAAAUGUGAACCCUGCACGCUGGCAGGCUCAGUGCCUUGCUGCUUGAUAAUUGGUAAAAGGUAAAGAAGAGCUGCAGGAAGGUGGUGCUAAGAUGUUGUAUGAAGAGUUCCAAAGAGUGAAGAAGCUGACGUGGCCGGGCCGGAGACUGGAUUUAGACACAGCUCACAUCUUCUGUCAGUGGCAGUCCUGUCUCCAGAUGGGGAUGUAUCUCAACCAGCUGCUGUCCACUCCUCUCCCAGAGCCAGACCUAACUCGACUGUAUAGUGGAAGCCUGGUGCAUGGACUAUGCCAACAACUGCUAACAUCAGCCUCUGUAGAAAGUCUCCUGAGCAUGUGUCCUGAGGCUAAGCAACUUUAUGAACACCUGUUCAAUGCCACAAAGUCAUAUGCCCCAGCUGAACUCUUCUUACCAAAGGGUAAAUUAAAUUCAAAAAAAAAAAGAAAGAAGAAAAAGGGUACCACCUGGUCAAAGAACAGAGUGGGAACUGCCUCAGAUCCCCGAUGCUUGUAUGAGGGAAGCAAUCGAUUUGGGUUAUUAAUGGUUGAAAACUUGGAGGAACAUACUGAAGCCACCAAUAUUGAAUAAACUCAAGUCUACAUAUACUACAUGUAUAAUUCUAACUUAAAAUUUUGCUCUUACCUCCCUUGAAAUAAUUAGCUCUUUUCUUUAGAACUUAGGGGAUAAACAUGAUGACACAUAAUUAUUGGAUUCUGACAUAUUUUGUAUUCUAUUUUUAAUAAAGAUAACCUGAUUUUAAGAAGC